AUGUCUACAAUGAACUCGCCUUAUGUCACCAAAUACCAUGGCUCAUACCUCAAGGGUUCGGAUCUCUGGAUCGUUAUGGAGUUCUGCUCCGGGGGUAGCUGUUUGGAUCUAUUGAGGUCGGGGCUCAUACCAGAGGAAUAUAUCAUGAUCAUCCUCAGAGAGUUACUUUUAGGUUUGGACUAUCUACAUAGCGAUAAGAAGCUGCAUCGGGAUAUCAAAGCAAAUAUUCUUCUGAGCGGGAAUGGUCAAGUGAAACUCGCGGAUUUCGGCGUUUCCGGUCAGCUGAGUGCCACGAUGACCAAAAAGAAUACGUUCGUUGGUACGCCGUUCUGGAUGGCACCAGAGGUGAUCAAACAGUCCGGUUAUGACUACAAAGCAGACAUCUGGUCCCUAGGGAUUACAGCGAUUGAGCUUGCCAAGGGACAGCCUCCAUAUUCGGAUAUUCAUCCCAUGAAAGUCCUGUUUCUUAUUCCAAAGAACCCACCGCCAACGUUGACGGGCAAUUUCAGCAAGACGUUCAAGGAUUUUGUUUCACUAUGCCUCAGACGCGAUCCGCGAGAGAGACCAACAGCGAAGGAACUCUUGAAACACCCAUUUCUCAAGAAAGCAAAGAAGACCACAUACUUGACUGAGUUGAUCGAAAGGCACGAGCGAUGGCAAGCAAUCCAUGGCCGUGGAUCGCCCGAAGUUGAUGACGGGCAUGUGCACCAGCAACAGGAGAAGCCUAGUUCAGAUGAUGAAGACCUGUGGGAUUUUGGCACUGUCAGACCCGCAGGGGGAAGACCAACUGGGCUUAAAGCAAUGAGUGGUGCAGCUACCAACGCACGCAGCCAGGGGUAUGAUAAUGCAACCCAGGUGUUGGACGCUGGAAGCACAGAACGCAGUGAGGAUUCGGAAAACCAGACCUCAAAGGGGACGAUGAAAACAGUGACUUCUGUGCCUCACUCGCCACAGAAACAGAACACCUCUUGCCAUACUCCACAGGCCUCCCCAUCCAAGGUGCCGCUCCCCCCAUCACCACAAAAACAGACAGUACAAGACGUUCCGCCUCAGACGCCGACUUCCUAUCUAAACAAACCGGCAGCCCCAACAGACAAAGACAGUCCGGCCACUAAAGAUUAUGACAGAGCCUUACAGCAGUCCUUGGCUUCAGAUCUGACUUUCCUGAAACUGGGUGACUCCCCAAGUGGCUCUCCGUCAGGCUCAAAGGAUCAGCAGUCUCCAGCUGCACAUGAGCAUAUUUCCCACACGCCUGCCCCUGUUCAUGAAUCAGACACGCCUUCAUCAGAAACAUCAACAGAGAUUCAACCUGUGAAAAGCGGCUCUGGUCGGAGUUCUAAAUCUGUUGCAACAGAGCACCCUCGUCCAGCCCAACAGAAGGCGCUCCCUCCCUUCUCGCCACACCCGCCAUCGACACAGGAGAAGACGGAGUCAGAGCGUCGCAAGAGUACAGACUCGAGAAUGGAGGCUCCUGCUUCGAGCUCAUCAGAGACAAUUACCGCCGCUAUGCGGAAGUCCACGACAAACGGCAGAGAUGGUAACGCAAGUACUACGGAGAGUGUGAGACGUCGCCAGUCCACACAUGAGAAACUGAAGAAGCUUGUCCUGAAGGCGGCAGGCAUCUUCAAUGAGAUCGAACGGUUGGACCAAGAGGCGCCUGUGGGGAUGGGAGGCGAAAAUGGAUCAUUCCUGGAGGGCUUUCUCGAGGAGCUCCUCGUGCGGAUCGAGCCAGUCGACGACGAGCUCAGCCAUUCACAGGGUUGA